GGUCGGGUCAUGUGACCUCUUGUCACCAAAAGCCUGUACACUAGUACUCUACGGAAAAUGAGGCUAUCGCGGUGCCGUGACCGAGCUGGCGCGUGCACGAGGGGCUGUAUGCAGGAUGAGUAAGAUUUGGCAGUUACUGGAUCCCAUUAAAUCAUGGAAGAUCCCGCUGGUAGAUCCUACAGUACAGAAGAAAAAGACAAGCUGAAAGAAAAACUUGCAUUGUUAAAAAAAGAAUAUAAAAGGACAUUUAACCGGCUGCAGCGCUCACAAAGAGCAGAGCGAGUAAAAACACACGUGAAGAAAACCAUUGCAGAGCAGAAUCUCCUGCUUAGCCAAGAAGUGAUCUCUUCUAUCACUGAUGACUUGUUGAACGAAGCUAGUAAUAUUCCUGGAAAUGUCGCUGUGUCACAAAGCAUUGUUCAGACCAUCCAAAACGACGCAGAGAGAAAAACAUCGGUCACCUUUAACUUGCAGCCUGAAAUCCUCCAUGUUGGAGGCAGCUCCUCUCAGUGUUCUGGUGGGAGCGCAAGUAGUGGCCAGGAUAUUGAUGUCGCUCACGUGGAGGAGGGGACUGGGUUAGGUAAUUCUGGGAGCUCUCGGAAGAGCCGUCUAAGGUUAAGAAGAACAUCAAAGAGGAUUUAUUUUACAGAACCAUCUCCACCUGAUACCGCUUUGCUCGGCAACCGUUUGAGUGAACCUGAGGAUCUCCAGGAUAAAUUUUCAACAAUAGUGGGUUCUCUAUCCCCAGUAUUUAAGAAGACCAGCCAAAUUGUGGAAAAUCAGAAGACUGAAGCACAAUGUGAUGCCACUGUUCUCUGUACACAGAACAAAAGACACAAAGACGCUCCUGCUGUAAAUGGAAGCCCUUGUAGUUUAGGGAUCAUUAGCACUAUCCAUAAUUCUCCAACAGAUUUUGCUAGUAAUAAUGGUCACAUUACAGAGAUGUCUCCUUGUUUAUUGGAAAGUAAAAGUAUUAUGGACAAAGUGAAUAAACAAAAUUGUGUUAACUCAGCAAAAAGUCUUGGGAGUCAGAUAGCAGCACCACUUCCUGUAACAUAUUCUCCAGUAACUGAAGUACAAGACAAAAUAACUGACACCAACAGUAACUUUGGGGUGUCACCUCCGAUGGAAUUCAAAACCAUAAACUCUUCGUCUUGUAAACUUUCGUCUGUCCAUUAUGAAGAAUCACCUGUUCAUGAUGGCAGUGUGAAAGUGGUGGAAGAAAAUAACCCACUCAGCUCCUGUACACUGGUAGAAGGGCUUCUGUUCCCUGUGGAAUAUUAUGUGAGGACCACUCGUCGCAUGUCUAGCUGCCAAAGAAAAGUAGACCUUGAUGCUGUAAUUCAGAGCCAUCUCGGUUCAAACAAGCGAGGGUUGAGAGGGAGACGGAAACAAAGCAUGGUGUCCGGAGAACUGGACAGUCCACUAAUAUCUCCUUCACCAGGUGAUUGUAUUGCACCAAGAUCUGUAUCCAGCACUUUAUCUUUGACACCACUCAACCACCCGAGUGCCAGUUUUAAAUCACAUGGUUUUACUCAUAGCAGACGUGGUAGAGGAAGGCGCUCCACCCCUCCACAAAACAUUUCAGUUGCAGAGAUCUCAUCAUGUCUUCAGGAUGUAUCUAUCAAAUUACAAUUUGAUGGAGUAACCAGCCCAAUGGCUUGUGGGUCACAAAGUGAAAAGGAGAACUAUGAAGAACCGUCACAAACCAAGGUAGAUCCACUGAGUAGAUCUUUGAUACUACUCAAUCACCCAAGUACCAGUAUUAAAUCACGUGGUGUUACUCAUAGCAGGCGUGGGAGAGGAAGGCGCUCAAUCCCUACACCAGAUGUCUCCUCAUCUCUACAGGAUGUAUCUGUCAAAUUACAAUUUGAUGGAGUAACCAGUCCAGCAGCAAUUGGGUCUCAAAGCGAAAAGGAGAACUGUGAGGAACCUGCACAAAGCACAAUAGAUCCACUGAGUGGACCUAUCUGUUUUUUUAAUGCUGAGUCCUCAAAGCUUAUAAAUGGGUCAAAACAUGAUGAAAGUUAUGUGUUGCCACAGUCUAAUCAUACUGCAUAUGCUCUUAGACCAAGGCUUACUCCCAGUCAUUGUGCUGCUAAAUUAUCCAAAGCUUUGGAGGGCCCUUCUGCCCACAAGGGAUUAAAACAAACCAAUAACUAUGCCGUAGGAUCUGAUUCAUCCCAAAAGCUUGAUGUAAUGUUUCUUACGGGCUCCUUGAAGGAAUUACCGAUUAGAUUAAAAGACACAGAAAGUCUGAGGUCCCCACAAGGUUUGUCAUGUGUUAGUCGUUUGUGCACGGCUUUGCCAUUUCCUAGUCUGAUCAGCAGGUUAAACCUGAGUCAUCUCUCCUCUUGUUUAGAGAUAAGAGAUUUCCAUUUACCCGAUGAAGAGUUUGGGGUCUUAAAACUUAAAAAGAUGAAGUCUCGAAAUCUCUUGGAGUCGUUUGACCCUAAACCUGUUGCAGGAAGGAAACGCAGAGCUGCAAAGCACCAAAAGAGUGUGAUAGAGCAGUCUGUGGACAGUUCCACAGUAAUGCAGACUGCUCAGCAAGACGGUUCUGAUCCAUUAGAGCAAGAUGAUGUCACUGCAAAUACAAACACAGACCAUCUGAAUGAUAUGGAAUCUACUGUUCUUACUGGUCACAAUUUACUAGAUUCUUUAAUAUCACUAAAGAACUAUUCAGUGCCCUCAUCUGAGCGUCCUGUUUCUCAAUUUCAAGAUACAAUGAGCCAAGAUUCCAUCAUCCAACCUGCUCAAAGGACGGUCUCCUCACCCACAAUGCAACAGUCUAUAAAAGAUGCACCUUUCUCCAACUCAUGGAUCUACCAAAAUUACCUUUUUCCUCCUAACCAGUCCAGUAAAGAGGAAAACUGUGCUACACUCAAGAUAAACCUACAGAAUGAAGCAGCCCACAGCACUAGUCCAGUGUCUGGUGUAGUAAAACAGAGAAUCACAGAACCCUUUCUGGGGAAUACUCUGUUUCCUUCAGGUGUAUCAUCUGCUCCUAUCAAUGGCCCUAAGACAAGUACUCAAACUCAGGCUGAAGCUCAGCUUCAACCAGACAUUGUCCUUUCUUGUCCUAGUUUGUCCUCACAAACUGAGCUGGAGCCUUCAGAUUGCGGUGCAGAGAACUGUGCAUCUGUUUCUCUCCCGCCUCCUAAAGAGCUGUCGUGCAGUGUCCUUUUCUCAACGUCUGUGUGCUCCAUGCCUCUAGAUGCCACCAGCGAGGGGGACUAUGGUACCUGUACCCCAGGCUUCCCCUUGUUGGGUAUAACACCUGCAGCUGGUUCUCUUCCACUUAAUGAAGCCGAUCUUCUUACCCCUUGCUCUUUCACACUACAAACGCCCGUCAACAGCCAGUCCAUACUGGUUUCACCUGAUCAGAAUGCGCAAGAGAAGAAUUAUUCAAAGAUCAGGACAGAAGAUGAAGAAAACAAACAACAGAACAGUGAAUUGGCUCCUGGCAGUUUUUUUCAUUACUGUGAAGAUUCGGAUACUGUCGAACAGAGUAACAAACUAGAAGCACAAUGUGAAACCAAGAACUUACAAAUUGAUUGUAACUUACAGACUUGUGAUAAAAACUCUGAUCAGGUCCUGACGAACCAGCCAGACUUUGCGGACAUUAAAGCUAAAGCUCCGGAAGGCAAUGGGCUGCAUCUUGUGUCACAGAUACAGGAUAGCUGUGGAGGAGGCUGUACUGUGGAUCUUUGCUCUGCUUGGUGGGAAUUUUCCGAUUGUGCACAUUUGUGCAUUAUGGCUGCAAGUGAGUUUUCAGUCUGCCUGUGGAGGCCUCUGGGAGCAGAACAGUGGGAAGCUGCUCACACCUGGAAUUUCAUGGAGAUGCCGAUCAUCCAGAUACUGCCCCUUCCAGAAGAGGCGAACAUUGUGUGUGUUGCUCUGGGAAACUUAGAAAUAAAAGAGAUUUGGGCCCUGUACCCUGGUGCCGGCAGUAUGAGCUAUGAGCAGCGCGCUGUAAAGCGAGGACACACCAAAACCGCACUGGGUUUAUCCAGGGCUCGCAUAGUCAGCGGCAGUGGUGUGAGGUGUGAUCAAGUGGUGGAAAUCACGCAUUUGUCUAAGAAUGGAAGAAUUGUGGAAUCUCGUACUUUGAUGUCUCCUGGAGACAGCAUCCUGUCAUUUUCUGAGUUGGAAGGAGAGAAGGACGCUUUGGUUGGCUGCACUGUGAGCAAUAGCAUUGUUAUCUGGAACUCUGUCACUGGGCAACUUUUAAGCACUUUUCAUGUGGGCGAUCUCUGCCACAGUUUUUCCUGCCUGAGCGCCUCCUCAGAAUCAGGUCUGUUGUUUUUGGUUCUGGCCAGCCCUUAUAGCAGUGAUGACGCGGCUGCAGGAAGUUGUGUAUUUAGACUCAUUGCUGCCAAUCCCAAGAGCGAGCAGUGCGUUCCUGUCACAUGCUACAACCUACCUGAUGGUCACACUGGGAGGUAUCUGGAAGGUGAUGUUAAAAAUCACAGCGCAGCUGCAGUACUGUCCUGUGGAAGCAUUGCACUGUGGGAUCUGUCGCAAAGUCUGUGCUGCACGGUGCUCCCUCCAAGCCCUGAUAUGCGCUGGUGCUUAGUGAGAUGGGCCCAGAAUCCUUCAUAUCUACUGGCUGGACAGAAAGAUGGGGCUGUCUGUGUAUAUAGACACUCUGGGUCGGCUUUAGAAAAGAUGAGGACAUGGAACCUUUAAUCUACGUACAACUGCAGGGAAUUUUAUGUUUAUAGUUGCACAGCACUUGUGACUGCAAUGUCUUCUUUAUAACUGGGCUUAAAGGGAGAUUCUAAUGCAAAAACUGCAUCCUCUAAAUCAUUAGAGAAAGAAAUGUUUGCAUUAAAGGAGAUUAACAGCCCUACGUGUGGUUUAACACAUAGAUAAAGUCCCACUUAGCAGCCACAAACGUUGAACCGCUGUUGAUAGGCAGCUAUGUGCAUUUAAUUGCUCAUAAUGGCUAUCCGCUUGUUUUAUGCUCAGGAGCUGCAAUUCUUGUGGCUCUUAGGCACAGUUUUUCUAUGUGUUUAACCGCUCCAAAAGUAAGCGAGGAUCAUCAAUGCAAAAAUUUAAAGCACAUCAAUUUUGUAUUAGAAUUCCUUUUAGAAUUUAGAGAAUUACAUUUCAGAGAAUGUUUUUCUGCCCCCUCACCUUUUACUUAAAGGGACAUGAAACCCAACAUGUUUCUUUCAUAAUUAAGAUAAAGCAUAACAUUUUAAACAACUUUUCAAAUUUACUUCUACUAUCAAAAUUGCUUUAUUCUCUUGGUAUCCUUUGUUGAAGGAUCAGUAAUACACUACUGGAAGCUAGCUAAGCACAUCUGGUGAGCCAAUGACAACAGACAUAUAUAUGCAGCCACCAAUCAGCAAGUAGAUCCUAGUAUUACAUUGCUGUUUCAUAACCUACCUAGGUAUGCAUUUCCACACGGUGAAUGAAGCAAAUUAUAUGACAAAAGUGCAUUGGAAAGUUGUGUAAAAUUGCAUGUUCUGUCUAAAUCAUGAAUGUUUGAAUUUUACUUUACUAUCCCUUUUAAGUUUUUUUUUUUUUUUUUUAAAUAAACUUUGUACAGCACUGUUACAUACGACAUUCUCUGGAUCAUUUCUGCCUGGUUUUAUUGCUCCCCCCCCCCUAGCUUUCUCCUUCAUUCUAAAAUAACUUUGUCAACGUCUUCAUUAACAUGAGUUGUUUUUCAUAGACAUGGCCUCAACUUCUGUCAUAAUGCUGCAGCUACAGACAAUAAUUAUACUUGAAUUGAAAUUUUAAUAGCAUUAUAAGGAAAAUAUGAACAUUUUUCAGAAAGACGUUUUACUUCUCAUUAUCCCUUUUUUUCUUACCGUUCAUUGCCUUAAAUAAUUAGACUCAACAUUUAUUCUGCAGUAUAUUCCUGCAACUGAGCAUACUUGUAGAAACAUAGUUACUAUAGAUACUAUAUAGUCUCUGUAGAUAUAUAGAGAUACCACUACUGUACUUGUAGAUACAUAGUUACUAUAGAUACUAUAUAGUCUCUGUAGAUAUAUAGAGAUACCACUACUGUACUUGUAGAUACAUAGUUACUAUAGAUACUAUAUAGUCUCUGUAGAUAUAUAGAGAUACCACUACUAUACUUGUAGAUACAUAGAUACUAUAUAGUCCCUGUAGAUAUAUAGAGAUACCACUACUGUACUUGUAGAUACAUAGAUACUAUAUAGUCCCUGUAGAUAUAUAGAGAUACCACUACUGUACUUGUAGAUACAUAGUUUCUAUAGUUACUAUAUAGUCUCUGUAGAUAUAUAGAGAUACCACUGCUGUAAUGAGCAAGAUGCUUAUAGCCUUAAUAUUAUUCAAUGUAUUACCAUUUUAUUUGUUUACAUGUUUGUACCAUGGUUGUAAAUACAAUUUGUUUUUCCUGUAAAUAACUGUAUUAAAAUCUACUAAAGAUUUGGGUUCUUUUCAUUUAAAUUUUUAUUAAAUGCUGAAGACCGUUGA